GCUCGUUCCGCCCGGGCUCCUGGGGACUGGUGGGCGGCGUCGAUGGGGGCAGCUUCGCAACUCCAGAGCGGCCAGGGCAGCGCACCUCCGCCGCCUUUCCCCUCCCACCGCCCCGCCUCGUCCGCCAGGCGCCCUCCGGAUGUCUCCACUCGCCCAACUUCCCAGCUGGAGUCCCGGGGCAGCGCGGAGGUCUCCGGAGGGCCCGCCCGGCUCUUUCCCUUUCCGGCCGCCAGGAAGGAGGAGGAGGAGGGCGAGAGGGGCCCUCGAGCGUCCCGGGCUGCCUGCCUGAGUCCCUCUCGGGGCGGUAUGAAGCCCGACGGCAAGGUGGUGCUGCUGGGCGACAUGAACGUGGGCAAGACGUCGCUGCUGCACCGCUACAUGGAGCGCCGCUUCCAGGGCACGGUCAGCACGGUCGGCGGCGCCUUCUUCCUCAAGCAGUGGGGGCCGCACCACAUCUCCCUCUGGGACACCGCAGGACGUGAACAGUUUCAUGGCCUUGGAUCGAUGUACUGCCGAGGAGCAGCUGCUGUUAUCCUCACCUACGAUGUCACCAACUUGCAGAGCAUCGUGGAGCUGGAAGAUCGGUUCCUGGCCUUGACGGACACAGCCAACGCAGACUGCAUCUUUGCUGUUGUCGGGAACAAAGUGGAUCUCACAGACUCUUGCGCCUUCCUGACGGAAACGGAAGAUGAAUGUCCAUCUGAGAAACCCAUCAGCGGCUGCACUUCAACCAAAGUGAAAAGACAAGUCCACAUAGAUGACGCUAUCGCACUUUAUAAGAAGAUCUUGAAGUACAGAAUGUUGGAUGAGAAAGAUGCCCCGGCGGCAGAAAAAAUGUGCUUUGAAACUAGUGCAAAAACUGGAUACAUGGUGGACCAUCUUUUUGAAACUGUGUUUGAUAUGGUGGUACCGACAAUUUUGGAGCAGAAAACUGAAGGACCGUCACAAAUUGUAGACUUAAAUAAUUACAAGGCAGCCAAAAAUACACAACCAGGCUGCUGCAGAUGAACCAUGAAGCGUGAAAUCUUUCCCUCCUGUACUAAAUUGAACAGUAUAGCAGUUUAAAUUGGCUACAACACAGACGGCUGUCAAGGCUAAGUUGGGGAAAUCUAUUUUUCAGAAUAGAUCUUCUGUAAACUUUGAUCUGAGUAAAAGAAUGGGGGUAAUAGAAGAGGGGCAGAUUAUUUAAGAGGAGAACAGUGAUUUUUUUAAAAAAUAACUCUUUCAUACAAGCUGUUCUUCUCAAACUUUCUAAUCAUUCUUUGUCCUCUUGACCUCUGUGUACUUUCUACCCAUGAGAUGUUUCACUGAUCUGUCACUGUUUAUUUUUUUUAAAUUCACAUCUUUCACUUUUUUGUUCAAAUAAUAAACAUUUUUGGAAUAUUUGCAUAA